CAAGCCUCUCAAAUACAGCCUCUAUCCAAAAGGAUUUGCUCAUCUUCUAAUGAGUUACAACCAAGUCCUCUAGGACAAAGACAAACGCACCCCACUGUUUGGCAGGACACAACUGUACAGUCUCCCGAACAGGCGGCACAGUUACCGUGGCAUCAUGAAACACCCAGACCCCAGAGAAAAAGCCUCUCGAGCUAUGACCCAUUCAUAACAUCACUUCUUCAUGACAUAAUAACUAAACAAGAAAUUCUUAUGGAGCAACAGAGGAACAUUAUAAGGAUGGUGCAAGAUCUCAAAGCAAACAGUGUUCGUGAGAUCACAGAGGCUAACCAUUUAAGUCCAAAACGGUUUCCAAUGGAAGAUCUAAGGUCAUUAACUUCCCUGGAAAGUGAUCUUCGAUCCUGUCCGGAAACGAGACAAAAAGAGGAAACAGACAGCGGGAGUGAAGAAGAUGAAAUGGCACUCAAGGAUGAAGAAUUCUGUCCGGUACAAAUAAGAAGUCAAAGGACACCAAAGAUGGGCAAACCCUGUGGUCCUACAUGUGGAAAGAAAUGUACGGAGAAGAUCCCGCAUGUUCGAAGAAAAGAGAUAUUUGAUGCCUAUCAGGACAUGUCACACAGUGACAAGUGGGCUUUUGUAUUUCACUCAGUUACCCAAUCAUUGAAAAACCGUCUCACGACGGGAGGUCCCAGCAGACGCAAGAAGACUUUUCAGUAUCAUCUGAAUAACCGCCUCAGACAACCUCAAGAUGUUUGCAAAACCUGCUACCUAACCACAUUUGGAUACCACCCGAAAAACGACAGCAUGAUUGUCAGCGUGACGGGCAACACGUCCAGUGCAGUUCCUCCUCCAGACCGCAGAGGGCGUCACCCACCGGCCAAUAAAAUAGAUCUGUCGCCAAUUCACAAACACAUUGAAUCGUUCAGUCCAACUGUCAGUCACUGUAAAUGUGAACAUGCUGAAAGCAGGCGAUAUUUAUCAAGCAAUGUAACCGUCAUGAUGAUGUAUAAAGACUUUAAAGGCAAAAGUGCAAAGGCAUGUUCAUAUGAAACCUAUAGGAAAGCCAUAAGAGACAUGAAUAUAGGUUUCAGGAAACUGCACGCGGAAGAGUGCAAAGAGUGUCUGGAAUGCGAUAUUCACGUGAAGACUGAGCAUCUCUAAAGCAAACAGUAGCAAAUUAACGCUGUGCUGAAUGUAAAAUAAGAGCAUGAUUCUAUAUAAGUCAGGGUUUCACUUGACUUUGUAUAUUAUUUAUGCGGCCAAAGUUUUGGCUACAUUUUACACCUCCGUGACCCAUUCAGAUGUUUACAGUGUUAGAAAACGGAUGAAAAAUACAGUAAAGUAACAAACCCGUUUUGAAAAACAGCAAGAUAAUAGGAUUAAAUCACAUUUAUUUACCUGCACUUUCUAUUUGUAUAUUGUUUACAUUGUAUCACGUUUUGUUGUUGGUGUAACUACUGUGUUUUGCAGUUGUAGGGCACUACAUAUUUCAUUUUUUUUUCCCCCUGAAAAUGAGAGUGGGAAGUGUUAUAACAGCAUCAGUUCUGUCAUGACA